ACUUGCAAGAUGGGACGGAAGCAACAGAAAGGCCAGGGCGGUCGCGGAGGAGGAAAGAGCAGUGGUCAAAGAAUUGAGCAUAAAGAAGCGUUUCAGCGCAUGAACUUUCUGUAUCAAGCUGCUGUUCUCAUGGCAUCCACACCUGUGGCGACAAGCAGAAACCAAGACUCCACCGCUUUAACAAGCGAACCAUCACCUAAUAUCAAACAGAACAAGUGCAAUACGAUAUCCGGACUCGGAAGGUUUUAUGCCCAUACUCUCCGUCAGGUUGAGCGAAAACUAGUUCUGAGAUCGCACCCUUAUGUGAAGCGAACCAUGUGCAAGUACUGUGAAGGUAUUCUCCUUUGUGGUGUAACAGCGUCCGUGAGAACUUCAGCUCGGGGAAAAAAUACGUUGAUCCAGACCGUCUGCAAAGAGUGUCAACAUGCAAAGUCGUUACCUGUCAUGCACAGUAAAGAACUGCACGCCGAACGGGCUGCUGUACAGGAUAUUGGCAAGUAGCAGUGGGAGAUACUUGGCCGGGCGGCAAACCCGUUGCACCAAUUUAUUUGCAAACUCCCAAAGUACAUGUAUACUACCUCUCCCUAGCCACGAUCCAUCAUGGAGGGACCAAACCGGCAAGAGCUGCAUGUCCCGGCGACGGAGACCUUGCUUACCCAUCUAGAGAUUUGUAAUGGAGAUAGUACGCGGAAAUGCCCAAAAGUGACUGUCGUGUUCGCAAGGGCUGGAAGUUUUCACCCUUCUGCCUUGAUUGCUGAAUCCAUCGGGAUUUUUGCGUGAUCGUCAUUAUCUUCACGUUGUCCUGAGUCAUUCCCACUGGCCAUUGCUGCCACAUUAUACAUCCUUUCGAUUCGGUCGUACUCGUGCUGCACUUCUUGCAGCAAUUUACGGGAUUGUGGGAUAAGUUUGAGGUGACCAGUUGGUGCUGGUGUCUUGAGGAGAGUUGCUAUGCAAGUAGCGUAUUAAUGUUUGCGUAGCGCACCACAACAACCUAAUUGUGCGGAGUAAAAAACAAACCUAAAUUUUCUUCGACAACCUUGAUCCGCUCGUCUACCCUUUCCAUUACCUCCCGCAUUUCUGCAAACUCAUCCUUUGGUCUCCACUUUCUCGCCGCCCGAUACUUCUGCAUAGACGUUAUAGCCGAUGGGGUAUGCAGUCGCGGCAACGGGUUCUGACCCUCGCCAGAAGCUGUGUCCAAUCCUGGAAUCAAGUCUGCGACCCUUUGUGCCCCUACUUCCUGUGUGGCUUCUUCAUUACCCCUCCAUCUCCCCAUACUCUUCUUCGGGGAAGUCAAUGCUGUAAUUUUGCGGUGCCUCUGUCCUUGUUUGCGGCUUGAGGAGAAUGUGUGAUGCUCGUACGGUUUCUCGAUGGCCCUCCAAUACGAACUCGGGCUCGUUAGGGCGUAUCGGAGGGCACGAAGGGAGGCUGAGAUCGUAUUUGGGAAUAGAUAACUGGUAUCUUCGUCCGGUUCUGAGUCAGCGGAGUCGGAGUAGUAUGGAGGGGAUGAAGUGGAUUGGGAGGAAAGAUGCGAUGAGCUGAAUGGCAGUUGUGGGUUACUGGUGCUUGUGAUAUGGACGCCGGUGAGAAAGGUGGGAUCUUUUGCUGAUGGAUCGUAGUGGAGAACGUGUUCGGAAGACUGGAAUUCUGGUGGGCAUUCUUCGACAUUGGACGAUCCGUCUGCCUCUUCACCCUGUUCCUCGUCACUCUCCUCAGGUCUUUCUUUUCUGACCGACAUUUCCGCCAGCUCCCCGAUGUCCGGUAUCCGCCCUCUCCUAAUAAUAUCCUUCACAUCUUCUUCUGUAUAUCUGUAUCCUCUCCGCAUCCUCCUCGUAGCAAAAGCGCUUAGGGGCGUGUGCACUUCGCUUACUGUGCGAGGGGCAACAUUGUGACCGGGCUGUAUGGCUGGUGGUGCAUUCUUGCGGUGAAUGUGUGAAAGAAAUGAUGAUGCCGAUGGUUUUUUUAUGAGGUUUUUUAGUUUGGCA